GGUGAAUGCAGUUCUCUAAUAUUGACCGAUCAUCUUACCAUAGAUUUUUUUGUUUGAACAAGAUAUAAAAAUUAAUGCUUUAUGUAUAUGGAUAUAAAACAGCAGAGAAAGAAAAUGACUGAAACCAAAGAAGCUGGUUUGUUCGACUUUGAAAAGCUGACUCUAGCGGAGCUGUUGAUGACAGAUUUCCUCACCUGUGACCAGUGUCAGAGACGAUACGACCACCCUGUUCUGCUGCCUUGUCUACACACCCUGUGUGAGGACUGUGUCAUGAGUUUGAUGUCUUCACAGAACUCGGAGCAGGCUGACAACCAGAGAACUGAUACAGACAUUACGAACAAAGAUCAAAGUCAUGAUCCCACACUAAUAGCAAAGACCGAUGAACAAGCUGGUUCUAUAACAACAGACAGAAGUGAGAAACUCAAAUCGAGAUCAACAUCAGAAGCACAACUGAAUUGUACAAACAAAGAUGAAUGCCAUGAAUCCAUGGCAAGAGCAAAGACAGAAGAGCAAGCAACUUCUAUAAACACAGACAAAAGUCAGAAACCAAAACUGACAUCAUCAUCAGAAGCACAGCUCAAUUCUGUAAACAGAGAAGGAAUUAGGAAGCCCACUGUGACCACAAACGCUGAUGAACAAUAUCUGACAACAAAGGAUAACACAACAAUAAAAACAAAUGCUCAACUCAAUUCUAUGAACAAAAAAGGUAAGAAAAACACCCUGACACCAAGAACAGAUGCACAAAUGAACUCUAUAAAGACAGAUGGAAACAAUCUACCAGCAUCUAAAUCUACUUCGAGAACUGAUGGAAAACUGAAUUCUACAAAGAUGGACAAAAAUCAAAAGCCUUCACUGAUGACAGGAAAAUCUGACGAACCGCUGAAUUCUAUCAACAUGAAAGGAGGUCAAAAGUCUACUUCCAAAACAAAAACCGAGAUGCAAGCUACUAGUAAUUCUAAAAAUGCAGAUGGAAAGCAAAUGCUUACAUCUAAAUCCACUCCACGAAGAAAUGAUGAAAAACUGAAUUCCACAAACAAAAAAAGUCUUCCUACAAGUGAAUGCACACCAAAAACUGAUGCACAGUUGAAUUCUCCCAACACAGAAGACCAGACCACGCCAAUGUCCACCGAAAGAACUGAUCUGGACUUCAAUACUUCAUCCAUAGACCAAGGUCUGCUGACAUUCUUGACUCUAAACUGUGAUGUUGAUGUAGAGUCUACUUCAACCUGUGACUCUUCAGCAAACAGCACAAGAAAAACCAAAGGUGAAACAAAACCGUCACAUAUUUCAGACACAUCUCCUAAUAUUCCAAACAAGUCCAAUGAAAAUGGCGUGAAACUAAUUAGGAUCCAGUGUCCCGUGUGUCUGGCUGUGAUGAAAACAAGCAAUGAAAGUCUGAAACUGGCUAACACGUUUGUAAAACAUCUCUGUGAUGUUCGAAGCUACAAGGAGGUCAAUGGAAGAACAUGCGAGUACUGCAAGUUCGAUGGAAAGAUCACCACGGCAACAACACUGUGCCUGAGUUGUCAUGACGAUAUGUGUGAUGGCUGUGUGAAGGCACACCAGAGAACACGUGUGACCAGAGAUCACCAGUUGGCUCCGUAUGAGCAGAUACAGAAAGGACUUUACGACCACGACAUCCGAAACCACCAGAGUAUUUUCUGCCUUACACACAACAGAGAGGUGGAACUCUUCUGCUUGACGUGUGCCGUUCUCCUGUGCAACGAAUGCACCGACAUACACGGAGAACACAAGGUGAAACCCGUAACGAAGACGUUCCCUAAAUACAAGCAGCAACUGGAGAGCUUUCUCCAGGGCAUGAAACGAAGAAUUCCAACUGUAGCUGAUUACUCCAGCUUUCUCACCAACCACAGCAAGCAGAUGAUCACAUCACGGGAAGAAAUUGAGAAAUCUAUUGACGAACAGGCCAAACUGCUUCAUAAACUGAUUGACGAGCACAAGGUCAGACUAAUAGAUAACUUGACAACAGCCUGUGAUCAGGAACUGCAGGUGAUACAGAGUAAGUGUAAAGAUCUCUCGACAGCUGACAAGUCUCUCACGAAGAACGCAGAGUUCCUCAGUCAUCUACUGAAAUUCGGAAAACCAGAAGAAGUUCUCGUUGUGCAUCAACCGAUCACGAAUCGUCUCAAGCAACUCGUGCACAUGAAACCAGACAGCCUUAAAAUGAGGCUCACGACGAGUUUUAAACCCGGAUCGGCGACGGAGCAGAACAUUGCCAUUAUGUUCGGAAAUCUUAACAUUGAGAAGGUUCCAUUUAACCAAGAAGAAUCCAAACAGACCUCUUUGACCGUAGCUUCCCUGAUGCCAACUGUGCUGAGUCCACCAGAACUGAUGCAGAGUUUUGAUAUGAGAGGAGUCAACGAUUCCAGCGACGUAUGGCCGACUGGACUCAUGGUGACCAACACAAAUUACAUCAUAGUCGACCGUGACAACAAGAUGGUGAAGAUCUUCGACAAGAACGGGCGACUGGAGAAUCAGUUUAACGGGAAAGACGAAAACCGUCUGGGCUCUCCGUUCGACGCCACCAUUCUCAAGAAUGGAAAUAUCGCAGUCACCGAUUACAAAAGUGAAGACGUGAAAAUCUUUGAUCCGUCUGGUGAAUUUAUCAGGUCCAUAAAAGGUCAUUUUCGUUAUCCGAGAGGGAUAACCACCAACAGAAAAGGUGAUAUCGUAGUUGUCGACUGUCACCGGUUACAGAUAACGACACACAGUGCAGAGACGGGAGAAUGUCUGUCAACUAUUUCCGGGACAGAUGAGGUAAACAAGCACCUCGUGGACCCAUACUACAUCGCCGUUACUGACGAUGACAACUUUGUUGUCACGGACCAUGCUGCCCCAAAUAUCAAAAUCUUCAACGAAACGGGGGAAUGUCUCGCCCAGUAUGGAACAUACGGGACAUACCAAGGUCAGGUGCUGCAGCCGUAUGGGGUCUGCGUGGAUCGCCAUGGUUACAUCUUUGUAGCAGACCAUCAGAACAGUCGUAUACACCUGUUGCUACCCGACGGUCGCUUCUCAAACUUUCUGCUCACCAAGCGAGACAAACUGAGGAAUCCCGUAGCAAUUGGUAUUGAUAAAAAUGAUCAAUUGGUGGUAGCUGAGGCACUAGGGAAGGUGAAGGUUUGGAAAUACAUGUGACAAACAAACAUCAAAGCAGCAUGGCUCUAAAUGACCUGUGGCCAUGUCGCCAAAUGCGACCAAAUUCCCGUUUUGGCGACUUAAAUAUUUAAAAAAUAAUGGCAUUAAUCGCCCAAGUAGUAUUAUUUGGAAUGAUCUUCUUUCUACAACAUAUGAGCCACUAUUACUAAUUGUAAAUUGCAUAUAUUUAUUCCACAUUAAAAUCUUGCUUAAAACCUAAAAUAUGAAUAUUUUGUGUUUGGGCUACCUAAAGCACGUUUGGGCUACUAAAAAUUAAAUUUUAGUGGCCCAGAUAUGUUUUUGGGCCACCAUAUAUUUUGGUGAGUUUCGAGCCCUGUUUGAAACAGUGACGUCAUUGUGGUAAGAAACAGAUGGUCAUAAUUAAAGUUACAGACUCCAGUUUGAACCGGUGAAAAUACAACACUAAGUAUCCACUAUCCCUCGAUCAGUCCCCACUGGUGAAUGUUUGGUCUGGGCUUAGUGGAAAUUAUCAACUGGAUUACUAUGAUACAAAAUGUACAUAGGGCACUAGCCAAAGCUUAGGUUUGUGAGGGCUAUAUAGCGAAUUUCUCAAACAUUGGUAUGAAAAAUCUACAAACCUGUAAGACAUCUGGAUAAAGUUACAAUAGAGUGAAACAAGAGUCUGUGAUAUUGAAACGGGGAAAUACCCUUUAAAAAAAAAAAAACCUAGAGCUUGUCUCCAUAACUGUUACUUCUCAGAGGUAUGUGUGUUUUUAGAAUUAUAAAAACUGCAUUUUGUGGCAUUACGAACACCAGGAUGACUAUAAACACUUUGGAUAUAUAGAAAUGGAUACAUUCUAACCAUUCAUAAAUACAUGUAAUGUCUUAUUUUAAUUAUUAAAAAUGGCUUUAAUAGUGAAAAAUAUGACGUACUGUUUGAAAACUAGGGUCUGUCCACUUUCAAUUAUAAAAGGAUAUUACUAUAUCUGCUACAUGUAUGAAUGUCAUAACUUUACCUUAAUUAUUAUCAUUUCACAACCAGCUAAUAUUACUUUCUGCUAUCAAUGUCUGGUGACAAAAUCAGUCCGAUACUCCAAGAAUGACAGUUUCAAUGGUUUAUUUUAAAUUAUUAACCUUACACAACCAAUUAGGGAAAUUAAAGGUUUCAAAGACCUUCAGAUAUUAAAGGGACUGUCCUGAGUUUGCAAA